UGCCACGUCGCUUUUCCUUUCCCUCCCGUUCGAAGUCCUUCCCCUUCCCAAAUUCCCUCUUCCGCCUCCUUUCCCCCAUCGUCUCUCAUUUCGUUUUCUCCUCUUCACUCUUUCUUCCCCGAAAUCUGCAUACCCAUCGUCUUCUUCACUCUUAAACCAUGAAUAUCUUCAGGUUCGCCGGCGAUAUGACCCACUUGAUCAGUGUUUUAGUUCUUCUCCUCAAAAUCUACGCUACCAAAUCAUGCUCCGGAAUUUCACUCAAGACUCAGGAGUUGUAUGCCCUUGUCUUUCUGACCCGGUAUUUGGAUCUUUUAACGGACUUCAUAUCUAUCUAUAAUACUGUGAUGAAGCUGAUUUUUAUAGCAAGCUCUCUAGCAAUUGUUUGGUGCAUGCGGGUGCAUCCAAUCGUGAGGCGGUCGUAUGAUAAAGAUCUUGACACUUUUCGUCAUUAUUUUCUUGUUGCUGCAAGUUUCAUUCUCGCCCUUUUAGUGAAUGAGAAGUUUGCGUUUCAAGAGGUCUUUUGGGCGUUUUCAAUAUACUUGGAGGCUGUAGCAAUUCUUCCUCAAUUAGUUUUAUUGCAACGAAGUGGGAAUGUGGACAAUUUGACCGGCCAUUACAUCUUCUUUCUUGGGUUCGUAUAUUUCAUUUAUCAUUGGUGGUGGUGCUUUAUUGAAGAAUUACUUUUCUGCCAACCUCAUCAGUUUUUAAAUAAUAUGACCAGUCAUUCUUUUUCUAUUCUGCAGUAUGUAUUUGAAGUAAUUUUAUCCUUUAGAGCCAUGACCAAUAUCCAAAACAAUGAAUUUUCUAAAUGACAUAUAUAAAUGGGUUUUUAGGUUCACAUGGUAAGGAUUUGUAUCACUUGAUACCCUGAAAAUUUAUAUAUUUCAUUAAGUAGAUUCCAACAAAGAUAUUAAAAUCUUUUGGAUGCAUGAUGAUGUUCAUUUCGACUGGUUCAUGAAAUACCCUCCACGUUCAAUGUCAUUGGACUAAGCAAGCCAUGCAUUACAUAUCCAAUAUGUUCUUUAAGAAAAUUUGUCUAGGUUUGUUAUAAAUCUAUGAUUGUUACCGGACCUUUUGUCAUGGGGAAGGCUUCCACAAGCAGUUGGUACAUGAUAUUUUUUCUACCAACGGUAUAGAACUUUCUGGUUGAUCUUCUUGAAAAGAAGCUUUAUUUUAGCUAAGAUCCUAACUUCUUCUUGGUUUACCCUUUCAAGCUUGUUCUUUAAAUAUAGUUUUUUUUUUUUUAUUGGAACUAAAAUCAAU